AGAGGAAAAGAAAAAGGCUGAUGACAGCGUCAAAGGUAUAUUCUUGUCACUUGGAAAAGGUCGUUCGUCGAUCGCAUUUAAAAGAUACGUACAUAAUAAUUACACCCUUUCACAUACGCAUGCACGCUCGCACAGACGCAAAUACAUCAUAGAGCUACAUAAACUCGCGCAGCUUGUGGUCGCUGUGCGACACCGGUAGCGGUCCUCACAUCACACCAUAUCAUUUCAUACAAUCACAACUGCCCCCCCCCGAAGCAGAGAAAAAGGUAAUGGCGGAAAUCGUGGUGUCGGGCAUUCCCGUUUCCUUCCCCUUUCCGCCCUAUCCGGCGCAGGUGGAGUACAUGCAGAGCGUCAUCCAAUGCCUCCAGACUGGCGCCAACGGCCUCCUCGAGUCGCCGACCGGCACCGGCAAGACACUGUGUUUGCUCUGCGGCACGUUAGGCUGGCUCGCCGCCUCUGCGCAGCCCACUGUUGUGCAGCACAAUCGACGGUCAUCGUCAUCCCCUGCUGCCGGCGCCGAUCGACGGCGCGCGGUGCCGCACAAGGUUGUCUACUGCAGCCGCACCCACGCCCAGCUGACCCAGGUCGUGCGAGAGCUGAAGCGCACCGCAUACGGCGCGCGCUUCACCAUGGCACUGCUUGGCUCGCGGGAGCACAUGUGCGUCAACCGGGAAGUGACGCGACUGCCCUCGUCGCAGGCGCAGCAGGCGAUGUGUGGGGCGCUGCGAACGGAUCGCAACUGUCGCUUCUUCCGUGGCCUGCAGUCCGCUACGGCGGGGGCGUCGCUGCUGCCGGUGGAGUGCGCCGUGCACGACAUGGAGGAUUUGGUGCGAGAAGGACGCAAGAGCGGCUUCUGCCCGUACUACCACGAGCGCGACGCUGCAAAGGACGCGGACCUGGUCUUGAUGCCGUACAACUACGUCCUCGAUCCCUCGCUGCACAAGCAGCUUCCGUUUGACCUCGCGCACUGCAUCCUCAUUGUGGACGAGGCUCACAACUUGCCCUCGGUGCUGAGCAGUGCCGGCUGUUUAAGCCUGUCGCCGCUCGACGUGGCCACCGCCAUUCACGACUGUUCGCGUGCCAUGGCGAUGCAGCGCGUGGUGGCGAAGAGGGAGGAGAUGGAAGAAGAGAAGGUGGUCGCGGAGGAGCAGGAGGUGGCCUCGCUGAAGAUUCUGCUGAGUCGCUUAGAGACGUGCUUGUAUGAGGAGCCGAUGGCGCCAAACAACGCGUCGAACGUCGCUGCUGCGGCAGCGGCCUCCUCCACGGAUCCGUGCGACGUGGUGCGCGAUGGCGCACACAUCUUCGAGUUUCUCGAGAAAGCCCUCAUCACACGCGACGUCUUCGGUGGGGAAGGAGAAGGCGCAAGCGGCUUCACCGGCUUAUCUGGUGCCAUGAGCAGGUGCGUGACGUUGCUGGUGGACAGCGAACGCCCAGCCACGAGCAUCGUACGCGUGCAAGAAUUUCUCACCGCCGUCUUCGCCAGCGAUCCGCUGCGGUUAGACUCCACGCGGUUCGUGCUACAGCAGCACCUCGUCGCGGGCAAGAGGGCUCGCACACUGGGCUUCUGGGAGUUGGACAACACGUACCUGAUGCGGCAGGUGGCGGCACCCCUGCACUCUAUCUUACUUACCAGCGGCACGCUGUCACCAUUAGAUCAGUUUGCUGCGGAACUCGGGAUGGCGUUCGAGGUGCAGCUGAGCGGCAGUCACGUGAUCCAGCCCGAUCAGGUGCUGGGCGGGGUGCUGUGCCGCGGCCCCAGCGGGCAGAAGCUGAACGGCGGCUUCGCCUUCCGCAGCAGCGUGGACUACCGCGUCGGCCUUGGCAUGAGCCUCGUGAACAUCACUCGCAACACCCCCGGCGGCACGCUGGUGUUCUUCCCGAGCUACGCCGCGAUGAACUCGGCGGUGGACUUGUGGAGGGCGGGCAGCGGACGUGUCGGCGAUACGAAGACGGUGUGGGGCCUGCUGUCGGAGCUGAAGCCCGUCUUUGUGGAGCCGAGCAACUCGAGUGACCUGCCCGCGAUUGUGCAAGGGUUUCAGAAGGAGGUGGACACGUCUCCGCUGCGCGGUGCCAUCCUGCUCGCCGUCUGCCGGGGCAAGAUCAGCGAGGGCAUCGACUUUGCGGACAACCACGGGCGUUGCGUGCUAGUGACCGGCAUCCCGUACGCAAACCACACGGACCUCUUCGUCCGCCUGAAGCGUGACUACAUCACGGCGGUGGCACCCACCCGGCCACUCGUGCACGGGAAGCCCUUCACGGGCGACGACUGGUACCGCAACGAGGCGAUGCGGGCCGUAAAUCAAUGCAUCGGUCGCGUCAUCCGACACAAAGACGACUACGGCAUCGUCAUCUUUUGCGAUGAGCGCUUUGAGAACGUGCUCGGCAGCAUCUCGGACUGGGUGCGGCAGCGCACACGUGUCUUUCGCGACUUUCGUGGCGCCUACGCCGCCGUCGCGCAGUUCUUCGCCGGCUACCGGCAGCGCACCUCGGCGCUGGCAACAGCGGUGGCCGCGGUGCCCUACGUUGUCCUCCCGGACCCAGCAGCAGCAGCGGGUGUGGCGGACGUCCCUUCCUCUGCUAUUCUGGCGAAGCACUUUGCGGAGGCGCAGGCGCAGCAGCGGGAGGAGCAGCAGCAGGACCACCGCCGUCGACGACUGGAGGAGGUGCGGGAGGCGAAGGCGAGCGCGGUGCCGGCGGCCGUGUCGUCGCCUCUCCCACCUCGUGCCCCCGCGCCGUUUGCUGCUAGCGGCGGCGGUGCAUCGUAUUCGGUUCUGGCGCCUCUCCCCUCCGCUGCGGCGCCACACCGAGUGAGGGCUCUUCUGUCCGUUGUUACACCACCCAACGCGGUGUGCGUAGACGACAGCGCUGCCGGGCCUCCCACGAUCGGCUCAACCUCGAAGGAGUUCUGCGAGUUCGUCAAGGCACGCGUGCCCGGGGAGGUGUACAACCGCUUCAAAGUCGUCCUCGCUCAGCUGGCGGCACUGCGACCUGUGAUGUCCGCCUCACCGUCCACCGCGGCUGAGCGGAUGGAGGAGUUGCUGAUCCCACUGCAGGCCAUCUUUACCGCAACGGAUGCGGUGCACUACCGCGUCAUCUUUGCGGAGUUUGGCCGCCACAUUCCGGAGGUCUUCCGACCGCUCUACGCCACUCUGCUGAAAUCGCAUCAGCUCACUUGA